GUCUGCAUCCAUAUAAAUGGUGCCGUCUACCUCUCCACUCUGACCUGGAGGUAGAGAUCCACGUAGGCUCUGUGUGUGUAGGAGGAGCAUCUGGAACAGGAGCCAUGUUGCGGUGCUCUUUGGCCUUCUCCCUCAUCCUGCUGGUGGCCUCUGGCAUCGAGUGUGAAGUGAAGGAAAUUUGUGUUGGAAGCUCAGGCAUCCCUGGCACUCCAGGAUCCCAUGGCCUGCCAGGCAGAGAUGGAAGAGAUGGAAUCAAAGGAGACCCUGGACCUCCAGGCCCCAUGGGCCCCCCUGGAGGAAUUCCAGGCCUCCCUGGGCGUGAUGGGCUGGUUGGAGCCCCUGGCAUUGCUGGUGAGCGUGGAGAAAAGGGAGAACCUGGUGAGAGGGGCCCUCCAGGGCUUUCAGCUUAUCUAGACGAGGACCUCCAAAACACACUCCACAACUUGAGACAUAAAAUCUUGCAGUCAACAGGAGUCCUCAGUUUGCAGGGUUCCAUGCUGAGAGUGGGAGAGAAGGUCUUCUCCACCAAUGGGCAGUCAGCCAAUUUUGAUGGCAUUAGAGAGUUAUGUGACAGAGUUGGUGGCAGCAUUGCAGUCCCAAUGAGUCCAGAAGAGAAUGACGCCAUUGCAAGCAUCGUGAAGAAGCACAACACUUAUGCCUAUCUGGGUCUAGCUGGGGACCCUAUCUCUGGAAUCUUCUCCUACCUGGAUAACACUCCUGUGAAUUAUACCAACUGGUACCCUGGGGAGCCUAGGGGUCAGGGCAAAGAGAAGUGUGUGGAGAUGUACAAAGAUGGGCAGUGGAAUGAUAAGAGCUGCCUGCAGUAUCGACUGGCCAUCUGUGAGUUUUGACCACGCAUCAAGGCCAUGGGAGAGAUAGGGUCCUGCCUUGCCUUUCAGCCUCUAUUCUGCAGAUUCACCUGAUAUAUGAAAUGCUAUAACUCCUUUGUAACAAAAUUUAUUUGUGGGUAUUCAAAUGGAGGCUACUCCUCCCCCAAAUAGAGCCCUGACUCUUCCUCCUAGAUUACUAAUCAGUCUGACACGCCCCCUGGAGCACCCACUCCUAACUUAGCCCUGCGUUAAGAGACAGAGACUUCUUUCUUCCUCUUAAUAUCCAGUUCCUUCCUUUAUGGAUGGUAACAGUGAGAUGCUGGGAUGGAAGCUCCCUCCAAAAUCACACAGAAGGUGCCCUCUUUCUGACCCACUCUACUCUUUCUCUGCAUCCCACUGCCUACCCAAUCUCAUUAAGAUUUAGCAGUUCUGGUCAAGCAUAUGACAGAAUCAGCUCUCCAUGAGAUCAGAGCACCACUGGUGCCCCAGCAUAGUGAAGGCCAACCCAACCAUAGCGAUUGGCACAUAUUAUCCACUCCCUUGAGUCUUGGGUGCCUACUCAACUCCCCGACCUAAAAGCAAAUAGCCUAUACCUCCAGAGAAGAUCUUAUCCCCACCCAAAAUAUAACCCAAGUAACUUCCUGUUGUUGGUCAUAUCUCCACACAACUUCAGAUCUCAUGAGGUGUUCACACCACUCAUCACACCACUAUUUAUUGAACACAUGCUAUGUACCUUAACAAGCACUUCUGGCAAAUAAAAUAUUAAAUACUUAAAUGCCAUGGGA